UGCCUUAUAGCCACUCCCACUUUUGCUGCCGAAAGCUUGUCUGGACUCCAAAGUAACCACCGUUUCUCGUGUACAGAGCAAUCGGGGAGUCUGUCGCCUAACUGCCGCCCCUCCAUCAGUCGCGCCAGCCAACCGGUCCCGCGGAGUCAUUAACCACUUCCCGUCUUGCUGUAGGAGCAGCUGGUUGCGCUAAGUGCCAGGCCUGGGCUCCUAGCCGAGGUGGUGGGAUCAAAACGAGCUAUUUCGGGCCCGGCGCGCGGCCCCUGGGGGGCCAGCCUGGACUGUUCGUGCCCGCGCCCUCUGGCCGCUGCUCACCUGGCAGACCCCGCUACUCUGCUCACCCGAGGCUGAGUCAGAGGCCCCGAAUUAGGCCCGGCUUGCCGGGGGGCUGGGCCCAGCGUUCUGCUGAGAUGGGAGUCGGGUCUGUUCUCUGUCCUCCUGACAGCCUGGCCGGCUACCACAUUCCCUGUACCCAAGAAUCUGCUUUUAAGACCGCCGUCUGCGUCAUCCCCAGGGCUGCCUACGGGGCGGGAGUGAAUUAAAGGGACUGCGAACUCUGCGGUGGGGUUUUCGGGCCCUGGGUCCCAAAUGCUGCUCCGCCUCCUCAGCCUUAGUUUCCCCUUUGGGAAAGCGGGGGAUCACCUCUCUGGCAUCCAGCAGGCGCUUAAUAAAUGGCCAAGUCAUUGUUGGGCUUUCUAAAUAAGGCUCUAUUAAUGGCCGGGGCUGGCCGCUGUCCCAAUGUCCCCGGGCGGCCCGCCGAGGGGCGGACACAAGGCGUACUAUAAGAGCUGCUGCGGCGCACGCAGGGGCACUGCGGAGCCUAGGGGCGGCGGCGGCGGCGGCGGCGAAGCAGGAUGGAGAUCCCCGUGCCUGUGCAGCCGUCUUGGCUGCGCCGCGCUUCGGCCCCGUUGCCCGGGCUUUCGGCGCCUGGGCGCCUCUUCGACCAGCGCUUCGGCGAGGGGCUGCUGGAGGCCGAGCUGGCUGCGCUCUGCCCCGCCUCACUGGCCCCCUACUACCUGCGCGCACCCAGCGUGGCGCUGCCUACCGCCCAGGUCCCGACGGAGCCUGGGCAUUUCUCGGUGCUGCUGGAUGUGAAGCACUUCUCCCCGGAGGAAAUCGCCGUCAAGGUGGUUGGCGACCACGUGGAGGUGCAUGCGCGCCACGAGGAGCGCCCGGAUGAGCAUGGAUACAUCGCGCGCGAAUUCCACCGCCGCUACAAAUUGCCGACUGGCGUUGACCCUGCCGCCGUGACGUCCGCGCUGUCCCCUGAGGGCGUCCUGUCCAUCCAGGCCGCACCCACAACGCCCCAGGCCCCACUGCCGCAGCCGCAGCCGCAGGCUGCUGCCAAAUAGGCGUCAUGCCUGAAUCCCGGGAGCCGCCUCAGGCCCCCUCUUUUAAAGCCAACCUGACUCCGCCCAGCCAGAUGUCCCCAGCGCGCCAAAACCACCCACCCAGUCUGGGAUCCUACCCUGACACUUCCCACGUAGACCCUGCCCUGGUAACGUAGAUCAUUCCACCGACACUCCCAUUCUCACACCCCCUCCAGUUUUCAAACUCCUGACAUCUCCCUAGAUUCCAUGCCCUGGGGUACAACCUUCAGCCUGUAGUCUCCUGGCCCCAUUUUCUUGGCAUGUAAACCCACUCAGAACUCCCUCCUCUGCUUCCUUCUGACUCAUCUAUUAAAACAUCUCCACAUCGCAGCAUUUUAAUCCUCUUCCCUCUCCAACACUGGAUUAUGGUGUGGCUAGCCCUGCCCCCACCCCAGGCCAGUCAAGCAUAAUCCCUCUCCACCCCUUGAAUAUCCAGACCAUCCAAGGCCUGGGCCUUGAGAUUCUGGAUCCUUCCCCUCAGUCCAACUGGACAAUCUACUCUCCCCCACCCAUCUUGUGACUUAAACCCCCAGCCAGCACCCUCUCCCAGACUCUUGAACCCCUUUUCUGACCCCCACCCCACCCUUGGACACCUAUUCCAGGCCCAGCAGGACCCUCAACCUCAGACUGCAGAUACCCUAAGCCCCAUUCCCAACUCUAACCAGAACCACUCCCUCCACCCAGUCAUUCUGUCUUAAUUGCCAAAUCAUCAGCCACACAGCACACGUAAUCCACCUUUCACAUGCCCUGCCCCCAUUUCCCAAGAUCCAACCAGGCAGCCACUUUUGCUUUGGUAUCCCACAAUCCUUCUCCCUCCUUGAAUUUCCUGUCACCCUUAACCAUUCCCCUCAAUAAACGUGCUAGAGCUACA